CCGAACUUUAACCGAAUCACGAAGAAGAUUUUCAGAAACUCUAUGCAGGUGCUUCGGGAAUAUGUUUAAAUUUACAAGUGACUCCUUGCAUAUAGUUUAUUUUCAAAAGUUCAAUGAAUAUAGCCCGCGACCGAUAAAAAUAUAAAUUUUACGUUUCUUUAUCGCUUUAACAGUCGUGGGGCUCCAUUCAAGGGAAUCGUUUGUGAUUCUCGGAUACCAGGUUAUGUCUAAAGAACGCGGCAAUCUUUCUCUCAUCAAAUCGAGUGAUGAAGACGGGAAGAAAAUCCAGGGUAGAAAACCAAAAGUUAACGAUCAUAAAGAUAAAGGACACAAAGAAAAUAAAGUUGCUGAGAAGAAUCCUGUGAAAAAAGUUAACUACACUGAUAUAGAAGCAAGACAGUUGCUGACAAUUUUUAGUAGUGCUUUAGAUGACAUAAAAGUAGACUUGGCUAAAUCUGAACGGAGUGGUGCAGAGAAUGUGACGUUAUCAUCUAGUCAACAAACAUUACUGGCUACAGAAAAACAGAAACUAGAUACAUUACUCCACAACUUAAAGUCAACAGAAAUUGAUUGCCAGGACGAUCCAUCUAAGAUCAGUGAUUUAAUCAAACAAAACUCACUCAAGGUUGUAAUCACCGUAAAUUCAUAUGGCAAGACAGUUGCCUACUAUAAUGAGACUAGCGAAUUGCGGAGGUUUCAGAGUGUUUUGAAAGAUAAAACACAAACUGAUGUUGAUAAGAAGGAGGAAAAGAAAACAGUCAGUAGGCGCAAUAGAACUUUUGGGGACGAGUCUGAUACUGAGGCCAGAAAGUCGCCACAGGAUAACCAAUCAUACAAGAGUCAGCUAGAAUGGAAACCUUCCAACGGUUCACCUUCUUCAAAUGAUUCAAGUGGUUCUAAAGAUACAAGGAGCACUUCGACAUCACUGGGAGAAAAGGUCGAAAUUAAACAGAUCAUCACUCAGCAUGGCAUUACUACAAAACUGUAUAAAGGAUCUAUUACCAGAGCAAAAGUGGAUGCCGUUGUCAAUGCAGCAAACACUCAUCUUGAUAACUGUGGGGGAGUUGCUGAGGUCAUUUCGAAGGCUGCUGGUAAUGAAUUGGAAAAAGCCUGUAGACAAAAGAUGAGCAAACGUUCGAGGAUAGAUGUUGCAGAAAAUGUAGUCACCACUGGUGGAAAUCUACCUUGUCGUUGGGUGAUCCAUGCCGUGGGACCCCGCUGGAGUGAUUACAGAAAUAAAGAAGAAGCUCUAGAAGACCUUUAUCGAACAGUGGUCAAUAUUCUUCAUAAAGCAUGUGAACGGAAGAUGGAAUCUGUUGUUAUGCCGCCAAUUAGUUCUGGAAUUUUUGGUGUUCCAAAACAAGCUUGCGCUGCAAUGUACGUCCGAGCUUUACUCGAUUUUGCGGAAAAUUUCCUUCCUGGCCUUGACAAUAAAAUUAAAGAAUUCCACAUUGUUGACAUCAAAGAAGAUAUGCUAGAUUCGAUUUUUGCGGAAUAUAACGGUCAACACAAAAAUGGAAGGUCCUAUCUAGAACCUGGCAGUGUAUUAAAACGUCUCGAAAUAACUCCAUGGAAUACUGGGCAUUCAUGGAAGCGUAGUGGUUCUGACCACAGCAAUUAUAGCAAUUCCGGCAGUGCUGGAAAUACUAAUAUUCAAACAAGAUUUGCAAAUAAAUAUCAAGCUGGAAAAGCCAUUGUAAAAUGUGUUUCGAAUAAAACUGCUACAGGUUCAGAUGAAUUCUUCAUAGGAGACCUAUUGAAGGUUUUAAUUUACAAAGAAAAUAUUAUUGAGUUGAAGAAUAUAAAUAUUAUUGUGUGUGCAGAGGGUCGAGAAGGUUUUGGACAGGGAUAUACCAGUAAGCAAAUCAUAGAGAAGGAGAAUGAUAAAUAUAAGAAAAGAGUUAAAAAACUCUUCGAUGAUUCCAAAUAUCGAAAUUUCUCGGACGUACUUCAAAUUGAUUCAGGAAUCCUUCAUUAUGAUUUGGUUUUCUUUGCAAUUAUAAAAAGAUUCCCAAACUCAAAACCACAAGAUGAUUGUCUGAGUCUUUUGAAGAGAACUACAUUAAAGAUUUUGGAAAAAGCUAACAAGAGGAAGACUAAGAAAACGAAAAAUAAACCACUGUCUCUGGCCAUGCCGUUACUUGGAACAGGUUCUGUGAAAGACACACAGCAUCUUCAGGAAUAUGCAGACGUUAUUUGCAAUUGCAUUUUGGAGUUUUCAAAACAGAUAAAGCAAGACACAAGGCUUCGUGAAAUACAUCUAGUUAAUUCACAGGCACCUGCCACAGAUGCCCUCAAGAAAGCUUUCCAAAAUUGUGAAUGUGCAGAUCCUAACAGCACUAAGCAAUCAUCACCUAAACCAUAUGGACAAAACGAUACCCGACGCUGGCACUUUGAUCCGAAAAAAUAUAAAUACGAAGAAAUGUGGAAGAUACUUGAAAAAUCGGAGGUUGAUUUCGAGGAAUUUAUUAAAGCAUGUCCUCAAAAACAUCCAGUUCAAGAAGAAACAUCAGCAAUCUCUGGAGUGAAAAGCAUAUCUAAAGGAAGUUCUGUGGGUAAUGUUGUAUUGAUCGAAUCCUCUGAUGACGAAGCAGAACCUUGUGACACAGAACUCAAAAGGAAAGAAAAAGAUGCAAUUGCAAAGGCAGGAGCAAAUACGGAUCCCAAAGUUAACGUUCAGGAAAGUGAGGACGAAGAAUCAAAAUGCAUUAUUUGUAUGGACGAAAAGAUGGAGGACCCCGUGAAGCUAAAGACAUGUGGCCAUUCUUUUUGUAGAGAAUGUAUUAAAGAUUAUUUUUUGCACAAAUCUGCUUGUCCUAUCUGCAACACUGUGUACGGGGAUAUGUUUGGCAAUCAACCAGAGGGAACUGCUAAAAUCUACACAGACAAAGCUCCAUUACCCGAGUUUUCUUGUCCUACAAUCAUCAUUGAUUACGAUAUCCCUGAUGGUGUCCAAACGGAAGAACAUCCAAAUCCUGAUGUUCCAUUCACUGGAGUUUCUCGCCAGGCUUAUCUUCCAGACAAUGAAGAUGGUAGAAAAAUUUUAGGAUUGCUGAAACGUGCCUUCGAGCACCGUCUGAUCUUCACGGUUGGUUUUUCUCGAACCUCCGGUAAAGACAAUAUAGUCACGUGGAAUGAUAUCCAUCACAAAACAAGGAGAGAUGGGGGACCUGAAAAAUAUGGAUAUCCAGAUCCUGAGUAUCUACAAAGAGUUAAAGAAGAACUGGAAGCGAAGGGAAUAACAGAAAACUGAUAAUAAAUGGACAUAUAAUUACAUACUUUGUAGAUAGCUGCCAACUUAUUUCAACUAAAUGAAAAGUUUCCUUCCCUCUCCCUUCACCCACUCCCUCUCUUAUUACUCUCUUUAAAGUUAUUCUACUAUACAGCAUGAAAAAGGCAUUUGACAUAAGAAUGUGCAGUUUAAAGCACAUUAACUGUUAAUUUGAGGAGCCGCUCUAUUAUUGAAAAGGGUGGUACUUCUAGUAGCAAUGUAAUAUAUUAUGAUUUUCCCAUCGAUGUAAAUAUAUACACUUUUUUAUAUAUUCACAAAUGGCUAAUAUGUACAAUUGUAUUUGAUUUGUUGACCUUUUUUUAGUUUUUCUAUUAAACAAGGCUUAACUUUAGAAUUUUCAGUCUUUUAAGGU